AAAGCUCCCACCAUGUCAUGACGCGACGACCUUUGAACAUUCCGGAUUGACUUACUUCAACGCCAGACUUCCAGGCACACCCACAGAACCGUCAGCAGAUUACCCUGCCGCCCCCCUUACGACACUGCCUUUCCACGCGAGUCAGAUUGCAUAAAUAUCCACCAGCACAAUGGCAAUGGCAUGCCGAAGCUGCCGCCAGCAGCUCGCCCAGCUGAGCAGGCAAGCCGGUGCUGCUCCCUCCUCGGCCAUGAUCGCCGGCCAGCAAGCUGGCCGUUAUCUGAGCACCAGCACGAGCUCAACAACUAGUAGACACACCUCUGCGCCCUCGCGGACCCCGGUCUCCCAACAGCAGAGGCAGCUCAGCAGCACAGCGCAGCGCCAAGGUCUGCGCGAUGCGAUCGGCAAGAUGAUGAGUCGACAGACGGAGCCGUACCGGGUCAUUUCGGCGACGGAGAACAUAUACAAGGCGUGCGCCACGCAGGCCGACUACAAGAUCUCGCAGGAGGACCGGCAGAACGACACAAUCCCCAAGACGGCGGACGGGGAGGACCUGGGGACGGGAUCGGGAAUGUGGCAUAAGGAGUUCCAACUUCCGCCGACAUUCAGCACCUGGUCCCAGGUCACCAUGCUGCACUUGUACCUGCUCUUCGCGCGGCUGCGCAACCUCGAGCCCGAAGCGGCCAAGCAGUGGCAGGCGCAGCUCGUGGACCACUACUUUUUCGACGCCGAGGAGCGCAUGGACCUGCAGCACGGCAUCACCUCGCGCGGCCUGCGGCAGAAGUACCUCAAGGACCUGUUCAUCCAGUGGCGCGGCGUCAUCGCAGCGUACGACGAGGGCCUGGUCAAGGGCGACGCGGUGCUCGCGGCGGCCGUGUGGCGCAACGUGUUCAAGGCCAGCCCCGACGCGGACGUGCGUGCCGUCGCGGCCAUUGUGAGCUGGAUGCGCGCGUGCUUGAGGCAGCUCGACGGCACUCCCGAUGACUUCCUCUUCACGCACUCGGUCCAGGCCCUCAUGAAGAGACCUGCCAAUGGCGAGUUCGAGGUCGUCGAUCUGCCGACCAAGCAGAUGGAGGUUGAGCUCGGGCCGGCGACUCCGGCUCAGAAAGCCAAGGCUGAGACUGUACCUGAAAUUGUGUAAUGGAGAGGGGAAAGGGUUUGGGAACCCUGUGUAUCACUACGUUCAUGAGACAUGUAUGGGACAGGACAGUAAACCAGCAAACAAGUUACUACUGCAGCGAGCUCUAUCAUUGUCGACCUGUAAUAAAAUACCUGUAUCACUAAGAAAU